AUAUCGAAUACUUCCGGGUUUGAAUGCGGCAUGUUUGAGUUUUGAUGCAGACUUGUUGCACGAGACGUUGUUUGUUUGUUUACUCUUGAAACUGUGAAGACUUGUCAGAUAAUUUUACCGACAACAAGUAAUUUAACUGUACGAGAGGAAUACACACGCAACUUCCCAAUGGGUCGGUCUAAACGAGGCAGGAAAAGGCAGCAUCAAGAUUGGCAAUCACAUAGUCAGACACAGGAUUACAGAACACAAGACAGGAACUACAAGUUGCCAGAAAGGAAGAAUGAACUCUUUGUGAAGUACUAUAAGGAACAGAAAAUAGUCCCUGAAGGAGAAUGGGAGACAUUUGAAGAAAUUCUAAAAACAGACCUCCCAGUCACUUUUCGUAUCACAGGAUCCCGAAAGCAAGCCGGAGAACUCCUCCGGGUGAUUAAAGGACAGUACUUUAGCAAUCUCGUCAACCAGACCUUAGAGGGUGAUAUUAAAAUCGAACCCCAAGAAUCUACCAUGGAACAGAAAAUAGUCCCUGAAGGAGAAUGGGAGACAUUUGAAGAAAUUCUAAAAACAGACCUCCCAGUCACUUUUCGUAUCACAGGAUCCCGAAAGCAAGCCGGAGAACUCCUCCGGGUGAUUAAAGGACAGUACUUUAGCAAUCUCGUCAACCAGACCUUAGAGGGUGAUAUUAAAAUCGAACCCCCCAAGAAUCUACCAUGGUACCCAGAGGAGAUGGCUUGGCACAUCGACAUGAGUCGCAAAUACAUACGUAGUAGCAACGUUAUGCAGAAACUGCAUGAGUUCCUUAUUGCUGAGACAGAGAGUGGUAACAUCAGCCGUCAGGAAGCUGUCAGCAUGAUUCCUCCACUACUGAUGGACAUUAAGCCACACCAUAAGAUUCUGGACAUGUGUGCUGCUCCAGGAUCGAAGACGGCUCAGCUGAUCGACUAUCUCCAUUCUGUUGAGGAUGAGGACAAUCCUAUCCCAGAGGGCUUUGUAAUAGCCAACGACAAGGACAACAAGCGUUGUUAUCUGAUGGUCCACCAAGUGAAGAGACUGCAGAGUCCCAACUUCAUGAUUGUCAACCAGGACGCCACAAUCUUCCCCAAGAUCAGAAUCACUCCACAGGAUGAAAAACCAGAUUUUUUGUAUUUUGAUCGAAUUUUGGCUGAUGUCCCAUGCACGGGUGAUGGCACGAUGAGGAAAAAUCCAGAUGUAUGGGGCAAGUGGAAGCCGAUAAAUGGACCGAACCUUCAUUUCUUGCAGGUUAAGAUACUGAAGCGAGGUCUGGAGUUGUUGAAUGAAGGCGGUCGCCUGGUUUAUUCCACAUGCUCUUUCAACCCUAUCGAAGAUGAGGCAGUUGUGGCGGAAAUGCUCAGACAGUGUAAAGGCUCGGUGGAGCUGGUGGACAUCAGUGAGAGUCUCCCUGGCCUCAAGUUUGUGCCUGGGCUGUCCAAGUGGAGGUUGAUGUCGAUGGAAGGAGAGUGGUUUGAUGUGUUUGAGAAUGUCCCAAAGAAGUGGUUCGGCACAUUCCGCCCCACCAUGUUUCCCCCAUCAGAUGAGGAAGUUGCAUGGAUGAAUCUGAACAGAUGUAUGCGUGUGUUGCCACAUCAUCAGAACACAGGGGGCUUCUUCAUCUGUGCCCUCACAAAGGUGACCAACCUACCAUGGACAAAAGAAAGGAAACCAGUCGAACAAGCUGAAGGAACACAGAGUUCUGAUCAGGAGUCAACGCCAUCAGAAUCAGACGUUUCAUCUGUCGAGAGGAACCCUGAUGGAAUGCCAUCUCAGAAGAGACAGAAGACUUAUGGAUUUAAGGAAGAUCCCUUCCUGUUCAUGGAUGCCGAUGAUAAAGUGUGGCCCCCUAUCAAGGAAUUCUACAAGGUUCCGGACAACUUCCCAGUGACACAGAUCAUGUACAGGUCGCAGCUGGGAAACAAGAAAAACCUGUAUUAUGUGUCUCCCUACAUCCGCAGGAUAGUGCAGUGCAACAUCGACAGAAUCAAGUUCAUCAACAUGGGGUUCAAAUUGUGUAGCCGGAAUCCAUCGCCCAUCGUUCCUGAGUGUGACUUCAGAAUUUCACAAGAGUGUGUGGGUCUUCUGUACAAGUGGUUUCCCGGCCGGUUUGUAACUGUUGCCAAGUCUGAUCUCAUCAUGCUGUUGAGUGAGGAAAACCCAUACAUCAUCAAGUUUACCAAGGAUACACAGGAGCAGAUUGAUAAACUAGGUCCUGGGAGUGCUGUAUUUCGUUUCACGCCAAGUGAACAGGAACCUGAGCCUAAAUGUGAUAUAACAGUGACCGGAUGGAGAGGGAAGGUCUCCAUUAGAUCCUUUGUCUCCACCUUUGACAGACAACACUUCCUCUUCCUGUGUGGGACGGAUCUUCAGGAAAUAAGAGCGCGAGUUCAGGAACAGAAGGCAAGAAAGAAAGCUGCAGAGGCAGCAAAGGCUGCAAACACUGACAGCUCUGGGAAGGAUGAAGCUGGAGUUGGGGAAUCCACAGAAGGAGAGGGAGCCUCCAAAGAAGACACAGUUGAUUCAAAAGAUGGGGAUCUUAAAGUGGGAUCUGAAGAAGAGAAGGUUGAUUCAAAAGAAGGAGAUCUUAAAGAAGUGAAAGUUGACUCACUGACCACCAAGGAUGGUGUCGGAGAGAUGGAGCAGACAUGAUGGAUGUAGGAUUUUGUAAAAACUCUGGAGACAGUGUGAGCAGGAGAUACGAUGGAAGUGAAGAAAGAACUAUCUGUAGAUUCCUACAUUGUGAAGGAGAUUGGUUGACAAUAGAAAAAAACCAUAUGUCUGCAAAAGAAUAAGAACAUUUGUCUACAAAAGUAUAACGGAAGUACUUUUUUAAUUGUGAACAUUUGUCAAGUGCAAUUUGUAUGAUUGGUACAAAAUAAAACUGAGCUGUUUUAAACAA